UAUACAUAGAUUGCAUGCAGAUGCUGCAAUAUUGCUCUGUUUAUUUAUUUAAAUUAACAUAAUUUUUAAACUUUUAUUUCAUGUUUGUGGCAUGUAGGCUAUGACUUUCUAUGAACACAUAAUUUUGACAGAAAUAUUUAAAAAAAUUUUGGAAAUGAAUUUUUCAUUAAACAAAUUUAUUGAAGCACCAACUCCUGGCUGUUCAAAUUGUUUGUAUGUCGAUUCAACUUUGAAAACAGCAAAUCCUCUGACAUUUAUUUGUUGCUGUGUAUUAAACAAACUGGAACUGCCUCAACAAUUUGAAUGGACCACAGACGAUGUUCUAAAUUGGAUAAACGCCUUGGGAUUUCCUGAAUACAAAGAUUCAUUCAGAGUCAAUUUUAUUGAUGGAAAGAAAUUAAUCCGUAUCGAUACUUCAGCGCUGAUAAAAAUGAAUAUUAAAAAUUUUAAUCACAUCAAGUUGAUUACAAAAAGUAUUAGAAAGAUGUAUGGAAUCGAAAUUGAAAAUUCUAAAAGAAGCAUUUCACUUCCAUUUUCUGAACCACUUGAUCUUUACAAAUUACACAAAUCUUACUCAGGAUAUUCCUACGAAGUUAUUACGUGCUGUGAUUUUUUCAAAAAGGUGACACUACUCAAAGAUGUUCCUGAAAAAUUGAAUCAUUUUGAGUUGCUGCAUAAUUGGUUCAAGCAUAUACCUGAUUUUCAAAACACUCGAAUUGGAAACAUUAAAACAAAAAAUGUAUGUCAUGUCAAACGAAAUUUAGAACCUGUUGAUAAUAUUUCUUUUGAGUCUGUAGAAUCAUGCUUUUGUGAAAUGCCACCUUGUAAUUGUAAAUGGACAGUUGAAGAGCUCAAUAAUUCACUUAACUUUACAUUAUUGCUUGAUAAAUAA